CUCCUGCAAGAAAAAAAGACAAAGAAAGAUACACUUGAGAAGUCAAAGUGUGCAACGAAGAAAGAACAACGCAGCCAUCAGUAAGAAAGAAAAAGAGGAAAAAAGAUAGAAGUAGAAGAAGGUGAAAGUAAGAGAGAGACGGACAGAGGGUGGGUGGUGGGGGGCUCUCGGUUUAAGAGAGAGGGAGAGAGAGGAGGUCGAAGGGAGUCGAGCGAGGAGAAUGACGGAUAGCCAGCAGCAGUUUUGCUUGCGUUGGAACAACUUUCAAGCUAAUAUCACCAGCCAAUUCGAGGCCCUCAGGGAUGACGAGGACUUCGUUGAUGUCACCUUAGCCUGCGAUGGUAGGCGUCUCCAGGCGCACAAGGUUGUCCUCUCCGCGUGCAGCCCUUACUUCAAGGAGUUGUUCAAGACAAAUCCAUGCAAGCAUCCGAUAAUAUUUAUGCGUGAUGUGGAAUUUGAACAUCUACAGUCACUUUUGGAAUUCAUGUAUGCUGGAGAGGUUAACAUAUCUCAAGCAGAAUUACCUACAUUUUUAAGAACUGCUGAGUCUCUGCAAAUCCGUGGCCUCACUGACUCUCAAAAUAAUCAGCACAACAACGAAAAGCAUUUGAAGACAAACAAUAUACAUGCAUCAAAUGGUCGUGGGUUGAUCUCACCAAAUUUAGAGGAGGAGCGUAGUAAAACUCCACCAACUUCAAGUCCUCCACCACUAAAAAGGCUGUGCAAACGAAGUGAUUCGCCUCAAAUAUCUAGUCCAGUACCAGCUGCGGCGGCCUGUGCAUCUGGAACACCACGCACACGGCCAUUAAUUGAGCCACAGGUUCAACUUGACUGUUAUAAAGAUCUCGAUAUUGUUGAGCCAAAAAUAGAAUUACCAGAAUAUGGAAGCGAUGAUGAUUGUUCUCCAAAGCAGGAAGUCAACACACUGCCAAGUGGCUUUCUUAGCCUUGAUGGUGGCAUGGAAGUUUUGCCAUCUUAUCCACCUUCUUAUCAAGGUGGAGGAGCAGGAGGAGGAGGAGGAGGAGGUGGAGGAGGGGGUGGAUCAUUAGAAGGUGGGAUGCCAGGACCAUCUCAUGCUGGAAACACAGAGUUAAAUCAAGAACAGCAAGGUAAGUGACUGCCCGUCCCAACCCUAAUUUUUUAGUAGUGCGAGCACCAUUACAAACAGCAACAACCUAGCCGAUCAUGUCGGACAGAAUUUUUUGGAUGCGAAUAUAAAGAGGAAGGAGAAGGAGAGCCUCGGUUUGAAAUGGUAAGCUCGUGUAGCUCGGUAGCUCUUGCUAGGCGGUAGGAGAGAAA